AUGCUCUGGUCGUCGCAGAUCGAAGAUGCGUGCGACCACCUCAGUAAGAACAAAGAAUGUGAAGGGGACGUCAUACUGGUCGCCGCUGCGCGUCUGGCAAAGAUUGUUGUCAGCGCCGCCGAAGUAUCGCGAAGAGCUUCAGAUGAUCACAAUACAGCAAGGCAUGCUAUGAUGGCUAUUGACCCUCUAAUAUUGGCGCUCAACAACUUCAAAAGCUCACUUCCCAUUGAGAUUCUACAGCACUGGUUAAUAAUCGGUCUCAAUCAAACCGCCCAGGUUGCCAUCUACGAUCUUGCGCUCUUAACCAAGCCUACGGAUGAGCUGUCAGUGUCGCAUCUAGCGUUUGAGCCCAGGCGUAUCGAGUACUUUAUGGAGCUCCUAGAGACCAGUAAAGCCUGUCGAGAACACGCUUGGAAUGGCGGAGUCAUAGGUCUGACGGCUCCAUCAAUGCUCGUGUUCUCGUAUUGUAUCAAGACCUUGUACAGAUUCGCCAGCCUCAAAGGAAUCCCAGACUGGAUACCACCCAUCGUUCAAUCAAGCUUCGACAUCGUGCAAUGUCUAGAGAGGUUCGCCGAGAUUGCUGAGCAGGCUAACACGGAAUUCAAGGCCAAGACAGGCGAGGAUACUCUGUUUGCUGCGGCUGCGGAAACGCUAAGGGCUAUGGCACCAAACUGGAAACUUCCAACGACGGAGAACGAUGACGACAUGGGCAAUGCAUCGGAUGGAUGGAAUGGCGGUUUUGGUGAUUUUGGGGCACUGGACUUUUCGAGUGACUUCUGGUUGCCUAAUGCUUUCAAUCCUUGA